AUGUCCUUCCGAACACUUCUUGCCCCACUGCGCGCCUUCGCCCGGCCAGCAGCGGCGUCCUGCACCUGCACUCCCCUCUUUGCCUCGACCCUUCCCUCUCUUCGGACACUCCCUUCUCUCCGAUUCGCUUCGACCCAGGCCGAGCAGUCCCUGCCGAGUCAGGUUGAUCUGUCGGAGUUGGCGCAGGUUGAGACGAGGCCGCCGCGGAGGAAGGGUCCCCCGCCCAAGCCGGCGCCCAACUCGAAAUGGACAUUGCCGAGGGGCCUCGAGCUCGAGGGCACGGUCAUUCGAUCGGGCAAGAUGGCCAAGACCUGCACUGUGUCGGUCGAGCGGAAGGUGACGGACCACAAGACGCUCAAGGUCUUUACGCGGCACAGCAAGUUCCUCGUCCACGACCCGAACACGGAGCUCGUUGACGGCGAUGUGGUCCUGAUCCGAAGCUGCCGCAAGGUCUCUACCCGGAAACACUUCGAGUUUGUGUCGCUCAUCAAGGGUUCGGACGCGCGCCAGUCGGUCCUCACUAGCGAGUCGACGGACGUCGCGGAAUUGGCGCAGGAGAAGGCCGAGGAGUUGGCAGCUGAGCUCGAGGAGAAGCCGGCGGCAAAGAAGGAAUCGGUAGAGACUGAGGCGAAGACUGCCUAG